UCUUACCAUUUCAGUUUCACUCCGGCUCAGCCUGAAAUCGCGCGCGUACGUCCACGUUGAUCGUCCGCAGCUCGUCCCGCGGCGGCCCGCGCCUCUUACGGACUUCCUCGCGAGACGACGCGCCUCGUCGCCGCGAUACACCAUACGCGACGCGCGCGUUUUUCGCAGCGCGUGACCGCAGCCGCAAGCGAUUAUUAUUACCUCGCGGUUCGCGCAUCUGCCAGCCAAGCGCGCGCCAGUCAAGCAGCCUGCUUGGGGGCGGCUUCCCGCAGGAGAAAGGAGCCGUUUGUCUCUGCUCCGCGCGCACCGUCGUCUGGAGAAAGGAACCUGUCCCGGGAUCGACGUUAACGCAAAGGAAGCGGGAUGGGAUACGGCGAGAUGGACGGCUGCGGUCGCUUCAUGAAGUAUUCCUUGUUCUUCACGAACUUUGUCAUCUUUAUUGGCGGGCUCAUCGUAACGGGCUUAGGCGUGUGGGCGUUGGUCGACAAAGUACCGUGGAUAGGCGAGCUCGUAGGGAAUGAUCUAUUGACAGGGUCGGUCUACGUCCUGCUGGUCGGCGGGAUCAUCGUAGCGGUGAUCGCCUUCUUCGGGUGCGUCGGUGCGGCGCGAGAAGUCAAGUGUAUGCUUUUGACGUAUUUCAUCAUUCUGUUCUUGCUGUUCGUGACGAUGCUCAUCGGGGGCGUCCUCGGUUACGUUUUCCGCGAGAAACUGCUGAGCACGGUCGACAGGGAGAUGCAGAGCUCGCUCCGGCUUUACGAUCACCGCAAAUCCAUCCGGGAUGCCUGGGACACCACGCAAUCGACGCUCCACUGUUGCGGCGUUAAAAACUGGAGGGACUGGGGAAGCUUCGGGCUCAACGUGCCGCAGAGCUGCUGCCGAGAAAUUCAGCCCGGCCAGCGAUUCCACUGCAACGCCGGCCCGGACACGGUGAAUCCCUCCAACGCUUACGUGGACGGUUGUAUCAACGGGACGCGGAUUUACAUGCAGCAGCACGCGGCCGUGAUGGGUGGCGCCGGUAUUGCAGUCGCAUGCCUCAUGUUUCUCGGCAUGAUAUUCUCCUGCGCGCUCUUCAAAAUGAUCGAAUGACGCCGCAAGGACAAUGCCACGGUGUGAGCCUGCUCCCGUGUUCGGGCGAGGAGGCGGGACGAGUGUUCGAGGAUCCUCAGGGGAUUGACGCAGUUUCAUCGGAGUUUCGGUGGAGUCGCUGAGCGCACUUUUGAUUAGAUACCGCGAUAAUCAAAAGAACGAAUCUCUAUGUAAUUGUACAUUGUAUUAUCACGCGCUAUUUUGUUACGUAUACGUAAUGCUGUCUCGUGUAAGGCGGUAAACACGGUACAUCAUGCACCGCGUGUACCGUACUGCAGCUCCAUACUUCUCGAGAAAAAUCGUAUUUAAGGCAUUUAAGACGUCUUCGCUUAGUCGCAUGUGUCAUUAGUGUGACCACGCAUCGUGUACCUUAUGUAUGUGCCGUAAUAAAUGCGAUACGCAUAUUA